CGGACGCCCCUGACCGAGGAGCAGAAGAAAUUCCUCGACGGCGCACUCCGCGUCAACCAGGCCGGCGAGCUGGCCGCCGUGCUUAUAUACCUGUCGCAGGCUCCGCCAAUCGUCCGGGCCCACCCUCACCUCCGCCCCCUCAUGAAGCACAUGCUCGAACAGGAGGAGGGCCACUUCAAGACCUUCAACCACUUGCUCGCUAAGCACCGCAUCCGCCCCACGCUCAUGUACCCGGUCUGGUACGCUGCCGCGACGGCGCUCGGAUGGGGCACCGGCGUCAUGGGCCGCGAGGCCGCAAUGGCGUGCACCGAGGCUGUGGAGACGGAAAUCGGCGGCCACUAUAACGAGCAGGUGGCGAAGCUGCUGGAGUGGCAAAAAGGCCUGGAGGCCAAGGGCGAGGAGCUGAGCCCGGACAUGAAGGUCUUGCUGGCCGACUUGCGCAGGAUUAGAGACGAAGAGCUGGAGCAUUUAGACCAUGCUGUCGAGAACGACGCGAAAGAGGCGCGGCCGUACGAGCUCCUGACGAACGUUAUAAGAGGCGGCUGCAGGGCGGCUAUUUGGGUCUCGGAAAGAGUGUAA